AUGGCACCAAAAGCUGAAAAGAAACCUGCUUCAAAAGCUCCUGCUGAAAAGAAACCAGCCGCUAAAAAGACUGCUUCCUCAACCGAUGGUGGUAAGAAGAGAACCAAGGCUAGAAAGGAAACCUACUCAUCAUACAUUUACAAGGUUUUGAAACAAACACACCCAGACACUGGUAUCUCACAAAAGGCUAUGUCCAUCAUGAACUCCUUUGUCAAUGACAUCUUUGAGAGAAUUGCUUCCGAAGCUUCCAAAUUGGCUGCUUACAACAAGAAAUCAACCAUCUCUGCUAGAGAAGUCCAAACUGCUGUGAGAUUGAUCUUGCCAGGUGAAUUGGCUAAGCACGCUGUUUCUGAAGGUACUAGAGCUGUCACCAAGUACUCCUCAGCUCAAAACUAA